AUGCUUAAUAAUAGACUUGGUGGCAAUAAUAGACUUGGUGUUGGAAACAACUUUCGACCAGAAAUUAAUUUAAUUAUACAAUGGACACCAGAGUUUGCUGCUGCAUACAAUUCUUUCUUUAAUGGUGGAUUAGGGUUAGGCAGAGUUGGUCUUGGUGGCCUUGGAGUACUUGGCGGAGGUUUAUGUGGUCAGAUCGGAGCACCAAGUAUUGGACUCCCCGCUCAGGUUAUUGGUUUCGGGUAUACAACAACAGUCGCUCCAGGAGCUCUUGGUCAAGCAAAUCCCUACUCAGCUGCGCUGGUCCCCAGAUUUCCCGGUGCUAGAACCGUCGAUACAAUAACAACAGUAAAAGCUAAUAAGGACGGAUUAAGAGGAAGAAUACACGGUGCCAACAGACCAAGACCUCAGCAAGUUCAUGUAUCCAGUCGGCGGCGACGACGAUUCUGA